GUAAUUACGAUGUUCCCCGCGCCUCGAGGUCACAGGGCCUGGGGAAAAUGUCGUCAUUUUGCUUGUUUCUCUUCCCCCUUUUCUGGUAACAACUUAUCGAGCGGCUGACAUCAUUCAAUCGCGACUAUUUCCUAGAGCUUACUGUUACUAAGUAACAAAAUAAUUACCUAAAGUUGCAUAUCGUGUAACAAGUAGUACUUAGAUCAACAUGUUGGGUAGACUUGCGAAAACGACGUCAUACAUAGCCCGCGAGACAAAUGUCUUCAAAGUUUCAAAGCGGAGAUCGAGCCUCAAAAUCGUCAAGCCACAACCAAACAACGACCUCUUUCCAAAAGAGGAACCUACCUUAAACAGAUGAGGCUGAUGCUCUACAACGCAUAUACGCUUUCUUCUGACAUUCCGCGGUUUGUUUUGUUUUUGUUGUAUUAGAAGUGCUUUUCUCUUGCUAAAACGUCGCGGUAUAUCAAUCAAUUUAUCCAAAUCAGCGAUGGCAGAUAACAGCAAAGAUGAGAGCAAAGAGGGGCAGAAGAAGAGACCGACAACCAAGGAGAAGCUUGUAGAGGAGAUCACCUCGCGUAUCGAAGAAUCCAAGAAGCUCCAAGAAGAGUCCGUAAAGCUCCAUCAGCAAGCCGAUGAGGCAAAUGACUCCGCUGUUGUCGAGGAUCUCAAGUUCCGUGCCCGCGAGCUCGACGUGAAAGCUGCGAAACUGUUGAAGACGGCUAAGAGGCUCGAGUCUGGCUGGCUGCAGGGCGGCGCCGCCGGGGCCGGUAUAGGUGCGGGAAUCGCUGGCGGGCUCGGCAUGACUGUCGGGGCCUUAGUCAGCGGGUUGGUCGCCAUUCCCGCUACGGGGAUAGGCAUUCUAGUCGGUGCGGGUACGGGCUUAGUUCACGGCCCUUGGAUAAAGUUCAGCAAGGCGUUCAGUAAGGACGAGGUUGACGAGAUGGAUAAGGAGGCUGAAGAAGAGGCUCGGCGAAUAGGUGGGGAUUAGAAUAUAUUUUGUCUAUCAGCGAUCUAAGGAAAGGGGUUUUGUUACGUAUUACAAGUGUACAUCUGGAACGGGUACAGGUUUUGGCAUAAUACGGAUGAACCUGAGGCAAUGCAAUAUUUUGGUUAUUUUUUCCUCGGGUAAGGGAUGAAGGCUGGGUAUACUAUGCUACCUAAGGCGAUUACGAAGUCUACGAAUUCAAAGAAACACUAUAGCAA